AUGAGGACUCCAUCUGACCAGCGAGACGAAACAAAAUGGUGUGAGUUCCACAAUGACCAUGGUCACCGAACGGAUGAGUGCAUUACCUUAAGACUCGAAGUAUCCAACCUAUUAAGACGUGGUCACCUGACUGACUUGCUCACAGACAAAGGCAAAAGAACAUUCCGGCAUGAGGCAGACUGGUCAGUCGUUCGAAGAGAAGUAACCCCGCCGAAGCCACCUACUCAUGAACGGACAGUAAACGUAAUAACUGGUGGCUUUGAGGUAAGUGGAGUAACCCAUUCAGUAGCCAAAAGACAUGCCAGGCAGACCGACUGGGUCAAAGGAGAACCCAGCAAGAUAGAGAAGAAUACCAUCAACCUACUAGCUCAAACCAUCCGUUUCUUAACAACAGAGUCAGCCGAACUCCUCAACCCGCAUCACGAUGCUCUGGUUAUUGCACUUUACAUUGCUAAUUGUCUUACUAAAUGUAUACUUAUUGAUAAUGGCAGUUCAGCUAACAUUUUAUUUUUAAGUGCUCUAAGGGAAAUGGGGAUAGAUGAAUCAAAGAUCAUAAAGAAGACUACAAUCCUCAUCGGUUUUAGUGGAGAGCAAAAGAACACACUAGGAAAGAUCGAACUACCUGUCUAUGCCGAUGGAGUCAAUCUGUGCACAAGAUUCCUGGUAGUAGACUCUCCGUCUGCUCACAAUGUGAUACCAGGUCGACCAUGGAUACAUGAAAUGGAGGCAGUCCCUUCAACAUACCACCAAGUUCUAAGGUUCCCAACUAAAUGGGGAGUAAAAGAAAUCAAAGGCCAACAUAAAGACUCAAGAGCAUGUUACCAGACUACCAUGAAGGCCAAACCCGCUCAGUUAUAG